AUGAAUUUUACUGAUUAUUUGAAUUAUGUCAAAUCUCAACUGACUGAUUUGGUACGAUUUCGUCUCAUUCGUAUUGUUUUGGGCAAUGAAGCUUGUGAUCUUGAUUCAACUAUAAGUGCAUGUAUCUAUGCAUAUUUUCUUCAUAGUACCUGCCAAACAAACAAUGAAGUUCUUCAUGCACCUAUGUUACAAAUCAAGUCAUCUAUAUUUACUGAAAUACGCUGUUCGUCAAAAGUGAAAAUAGAACAUGUUGGUUCCUGUUGUACGUUAAUAGCUGAAAAGAUCUUUGCAUCUAAUGCAAAUUUUCAUGUAACCGACGAAAUUGCGUAUUUGUUAACUGAACAUCAACUAUUAUUCAUUCAAGGUUCUAUUUUAUUCGGCACACUUAAUUUUUCUUCUAACGCUGGUAAAGCAACGAAAAAAGAUAAACAAAUAUACGAACAACUUUUAACCUGUCGAACUUCACGAGUUGACGAUUUUAAAUUAUAUAAAGAUCUAAGACAAAGUACUGCCGAUAUUACAGGAAUGUCUAUUCAAGAUUUAUUACAAAAAGAUGCGAAACAGGUUGCUGGGCCUAAUAUGCGUCUUCUAAUAUCUAGUCUUCCAUCUGAAUAUACAGUCGAAAAAUUAAUUGGAGAAUUAAAAACCAUGAAAGAUAUGGAUGAAUUUUUAUCUAAGAAUGAUAAUGCUGACGGUGUAAUUAUUCUUUCACUUGAAACACAUAAUGAUGAAAUCAAACGUCAAUUAGGUUUUUAUGCUAAGAAAUUUGAACAUAUGCUUCCAAUCAAUGAAUACAUACAACGUGAAGAGCAUAAUCUCAGUUUACGUGAACGUGGUAUACCAAUAAAUCAAGCACGUAUCAAAUUAUUCGAACAAAGAAAUGUUCAAGCGUCUAGCAAAGAAAUUCUACCAUUGAUCGAACAAUUCAUAAAAGAUUUUGCACCACAAAAUUCCUCCUAA